AUGUAUGUCUUGAAUGCGGAUACGGUUGGCCGGACGAAACCUGGCGUCCGAGGACGCCGAACGGAUAGUUGCUUUCUUGUCUUGAAAGCUGGGUUCCAGGUGAAGCGAUUUGAUGUGACGGCUAGUAGAGGGAGUUUGUCUGAUGAUGAUGAUGAUGAUGGACUGCGACAUCCUUGGGUGGAGAGAAUGAGCGGACACGGAGGAGGGUUUGGGCGUCAUUGUAUCCCUCGUGAUAUAUUCCUGGCAUGUGAGACUAUAUGGCGAUUCAUCGUCUCCUCUUCAUCCCGAUACGCGGUUCACAUUCUCGACCAUGGCGGCCAGUCAGCUAUCAUGAUUGGCCUGACCGAAAAGAUCCAUCCGCUUCUUAGCCAGUCACUACACAACGAGAUCUCACCAGGGAGAAGUUACUUCAUUGGCGAGAGCGAUACUAAUCAAAAGAUGAGAUACCCAAAGUUAAGUCCAUCACGUUUCGGAGCGAUUAGCUUGAGGCUUAGCCUCCAACGAUAUGAGAUAACUGAAGGACCUGUUCCAAAAGUACCUCGGCCGGACGCCGAGUGA